AAAAACUGUCAUUUAUUUUCUUUCCUACACACCCGUUGUUUGGUAUUUGUUUUAUUAAAAUUUACUCAAGUAUCUAACAAGGAUGGGUAAAGACGAAGUUGCUGUGAAAAAACGCCGAAAACUAACUACGACGACAGUGGUAGAAACUCCGAAACCAGUAACGGUAGACGUUUAUAAGCGUGUUGUUGAUUUUGAGGAGUCCGAAGCUCAACUACGGCCGGCGGAAAAAGAUGCUAACUUGUUCAAAAAGAUAUGUCAAGAUGUACGGCAACUCUUUUCAGACAUAGCUAAAUUGAAAGAAAUGGAUUCUAGUGAGGUGAAAGAACAAAUAAAUACCAAGAGAGUGGAGGCAUCAUUGCUACUGGUAGCUUUGAAAAAACUGAACCGCUUGGAGAAAGUUCGCACCCGAGCUGGCCGAGAUGCACUCCACAAGGAGAAGCAGCAGGUGGACUCCACACACCUGCUGCUGCAGAACUUGCUGUAUGAAGCCGACCACUUGAACAAGGAGGUCACUAAGUGCCUGCAAUUUAAAUCCAAGGAUGAGGAAAUUGAACUAGUGCCAGUAGAAGACUUUUAUAAGGAGGCACCAGCUGAAGUCUCUAGACCAGAAGUCACAAACAAAGAUGAACAUCAACUGCAACUGGCCCGCCUUGAAUGGGAGCUUCGUCAGCGUAAGGAGCAGGCUGGUGCUUGCAAUGAGCUGGUGGCAUCCAAGGAGCGCGUGGCGGCGGCCAUUGCGGCGGCGCGCUCGCGACUCGACGCACUUGCCCCACAUCUGAGGGAUGUCUUGAAGUCCACUAAACCACUUCAAGAAGCACUGGCUAUGAAGUUAGAUGAGAAGCGAGAUGAAGCUCGCGCAGCAGCUCUCCUGCCGUCGCCGCUGCUGCUGCUGUAUGCUAAUGCACAUGCUUAUGCUGAUGCCUUGGGGGUGGAAACUAUUUCAGUUGGUAUAUCAGGUGAUGAAGAUGAAGCUCGGCGUUUGGAUCAACUGAACAAUGUAGACAAUGAACUGGAAGUAUCAAAUGAUUCAGAUUCUGAUCAAGAUAACAAUGACGAUGAGCAAAAUGAGAAGAAAAAACGUCAUCACAGAACUGCCAAAGUUUCUAAAGAGGAAAAAGCAGAAGCUAAAAAGAAAGAAGUGCUAAAGAAACAUCCUCUGCAGGUCCUAGUAACUAUUAAGGUUAAAGAAGGGACAGCUUUAAAUCUGAUAUUCUCAUAUCUUUUACGACUCAAAAUUGUAGGAGUGAAGUUUACAGUGAGCCUCCCAAAGCCUGUAAGUGGUGUGUCUGCAGCUGAUGUGCUCAAUGGGCACUGCAUCCUCAGUGAGUUAUAUCCAGGAGAUACUGGUAACGAUUCCCCACACCCUGCCACAGAGUAUGUACUGAAAUCUGCUGGAAUAAAAGAAAAAUUCCCAAGCUUCAUUAGCGAGGCGGGAAGGCCAUACAUUUGGGCGCAAAGGAUGUGUGGUCUGGACUUCAUGACGGCAGUAGUUGGCGAGAGUCACAAGACUAUUCAGCCAUGUCCAAGUCUCAGUGUUGCAUCCGUAGAGAAUUUCAUUUUGACGCUCAAGAAAAGAUUGAAAUCUAGAGUGGAGCUCAUGAAGGAGUUACAAGAUCUGGAAUCUGGGAAAAUAGUCCCAGCUAAAGAAAUGCCUGUAGUGAGACAGUCUGGCACCUUAGUGCAGUGGCAGACGGUGGGCUGGCCGGAAUACAGCCAGGCACCAUCGACGGCAAUUGUUAUUUCUGAGGGAUUAGUAAGUGACUCACACAUGUUGUACAGAGCUAUAAUAACGCGGCAGUCCGCCAAGCUCGUCGCGCUGGUCGCUCUCAGCAGUGACUACCCGAAGAAGGCUCCAAUAUUCUCACUAACUCUGCACUGGAACGGAACACACCAUGCAGGUACUGACGACGAUAUCAGAGAUAUUGAAAGAGUAAUUAAUACAGAUUUGGAUGAGUCAUUUGGUAAAAGUCGUAUACUGUCUUCGCAAAUGUGUAAAUUGUUGACAUGUGUGGACAUCCUGCUGGAGACGACGGGGUCGGCGGAGUUCCCGCCGGACAAGGUGAUGUUCACGCCGGUGCGCGGCCGCAACCGGAUGAAGCCAUACAAGUACCUGAAGCAGGGCUCCGGCAUAUUCGUGCAGCAUUAAAAGCGCGGUUAGAAAUUAGAAGUUUGUGUGUGAUUUUGAAGUAAGACAAAUAACGCCAAGUUAUGAUGUUAAAAAUAAGAAUUUAUUAAAACAAAACAAAUUAAUUUUAUAAUACAACAGUCUUUAUUCUUAUGUCAGUAAAGCAUUGAACAUUAUUUGUGAGGAAAUACAUAAAUUAUGAUCACAAUUUGGCAAAAUAAUAACUUGGUACUAUAGAUGAGAGAAAUAUAAUUAUUUGAAAUUUCACCUAAGUAAUUCAAUGUCUUCAAGAAUAUAGUAAAACGUAAUUCUUAACCUAAAAAUGCCGUAUUGUUAUUGGUCAAUAAUGAGAUCUCUAUAGCAUUAUGUCUAUUCCGAGAUAUUAUUACUUCAUAAUUUCCAUUUAUAAUACACUACGAGUAGUAAUAAUAAAAUGUUAAUUUACUAGUUAUAUGAGAUGUUUUUGGAAACAAUACUACGUUCUCUAUACUA